CCGCCUUCAAGGAAGGACUUGACCAGACAUUGAGCUUUGUUAUAUAGCUUCGUAUUGUUGCCUGACAUAUAGUGUGUUCCUGUGUGCGCCGGAGUAACUAACUCUUGGUUGUUACACUGGACCCAAUCCAUUAUUUCCCCACCCAAGCGUAAAUGGCCGCAUUCAGUGGUUUCGUCACCAGACGGUUAUUUCAGUGGCCAUUGAUUCGCUAUUCCAAACCUAGGAAAUAUUUGGGUUGGCAUAUGCACUCAAUCUCGAAGCCAAUGACUACCUCAACAUGGAUAGCAUCAUCGCAAUGGCCGCUACUGCACUGUACACCGCUCUUCAAGAUUUCCGUGGUGGGUUCUAUGUUCCAAUUUCAUUCAAAAGUGCUACCUACCGCAAAUUUUACACCGCAUAUCUGACUCAAAUCCGUUCGGACAGGGAAUAAUAUUUAGAGCUGGUACAU